AUGCCGCUCCCUCCGGCCGCAGAGGACCAAAGCUUUUGGCAUGUCUCCGCUCUCGAGGCGGGUACACUUCAUCUGCCCCUGGAACUCGUCAUUGCGGGAGCGCAGGAGACGAUUGUCGUACCUGCACUGUCUUUCCUCUUACGGCACUCCUCUACGGGCCGCACGGUCGUCUUCGAUUUGGGUGUGCGCCGCGACUUCGAAAACCUCCCCCCGAAGACAGUCGAGCGCGUGCACAAGUUUUUUUGUCCCAGCGUACCACAAACCGUUACCGAGUCACUCGCAAUCGGUGGGCUUCAAGCGAGUGACGUUGACUACGUCAUAUACAGUCACCUACAUUGGGACCACAUUGGCGAUCCUGGUCCAUUCACGAACAGCACCUUCAUCGUGGGCGAAGACGCCCAUGAGAUGUGUGAUCCCGGUUAUCCACAGGAUCCCCAUGCCAUGGUAGCUUCCGAUCUCCUGCCCAGGGAGCGAACGAGGUUCGAGCCGAGAAAGGACUGGACAUCUUUAGGUCCUUUCCCGCUCGCCCAUGACCUCUUCGGGGACGGUAGCGCAUACCUUGUCGAUGCGCAGGGCCAUUGCCCUGGUCAUAUCAACCUCCUGGCUCGAACCUCGACUGACGGUGGAUGGAUCUAUCUCGCAGGAGACAGUGCACACGAUAGACGCCUCCUCACAGGAGAAGCACAGGAAGCCACCGAGGUGUCGGAUGACGGCGUAGUCAGGGCACUUAUGCACAGAAACAUGGAGCUCGCCGAAUCACAUAUGCGACGUAUCGUGGCGCUUUUAUCUGAAGAAUCGAGGGUGAGGAUGAUACUUGCGCACGAUAAAGAUUGGUGGGAGAUCAACCGAGGAGGGGAAGCAUAUUGGCCUGGCAAAAUCCCGAGCUUAUAG